UUGACUGCAAAGUCCCAUUUCUCUGAAAAUGCCUAUUGAUCUCUUACCAAUGGGUCCAAACUCCAAAGACAUGUGUUUGUGUCUCCACCACAAACCCACCGAAUGGAUAGGCAAGUGAUGCAGAUGCUCCUUUUUCUCAUGUCCCUCUUCACCAUUUUCGCACCUUGGAUUACUGCAUCUUUCUCAUGCCCCAUAGAUCUCAGCUAUGUUGACACCAUUCCAUGGAACACUUCAACAUGCAAAGACCCAAUUGACAAAGAACCAUGCUGCGACAUACUUCUCAGUGUCUUUGCCAUUGGCCUUGCCGAACUCCUCAAAGACACUAAAACAUUUUACCUUCCCAAUGAAAGCACUUCCUCCUCUUGCUUACAUGACUUCAAUCUCAGGCUUCAAGCCUUGUCAAUUCCACCAAAGAUGGUCCCUUUAUGCUUCCCUAACUCAACAAGGUUUGUUUUCAAUGCUUCAGCUUGUGCAGGCAUUAGAACCACGCUUGAUUGGACGCAACGGGUUGGCAUGGUUAGCCCAGUAGACACUUUUUGCAAUGGAGACCUCAAAGACAAAACUCGUUGCAAAACUUGCACUGAAGCUGCAUACCAAGUCACUUCUCAGCUCACAACUAUUGACCCAAAUGCUAACACAACAAAAUGUUUUUACUACAUAGUGUUGUAUGCUGCUGCUGUUGUGAAUCAGUUUGGUACAACCGAUGUAAGCACCACAUCUUGCAUACUAGGCCUGAGGCAACCCUCUAGUGGGGUAAUAGAAGAGGGGUCAAGUAAUACAGAAGAAGUGUUGAAAUUGGGUUUUAGUUUGUUGGGUGUUAUUAUUGGUGUUGUGCUUGCUUUGUUGACGAUAGUUAUGUACAAAAAGUGGGAUAAGAGAAGGAAGGAACAUGUUUAUCACAGGGAGAUUGAGAACAAGGUGAGGGCUGGUGUUUUGCCUAAUGCUGGUGCUAAAUGGUUUGAUGUAUCAGAGCUUAAGUGUGCCACAAACAAAUUUUCGCCGAGGAAUGUGGUUGGUCAAGGUGGUGAUGGGGUUGUGUACAAAGGGAUUCUUUCUGAUGGUGCUGUGGUUGCUGUUAAGGAGAUUUUUGAUUUGGAAGCUAAAGGGGAUGAAGAUUUCUGCUAUGAGGUGGAGAUCAUAAGCAAGAUCAAGCACAGGAAUCUUCUUGCUCUUCGGGGUUGUUGCGUUGCUAGUGAUAAUUUGAAUGGUAAGAGGAGGUUUUUGGUUUAUGAUUUCAUGCCUAAUGGUAGUCUUAGUGAUCAAUUGUGUUUUGAUGGUGCUAAUAGGUUAACUUGGCCUCAAAGAAAGAACAUAAUCCUUGGUGUGGCUAGGGGGCUUGCUUAUUUGCACUAUGAAAUCAAACCCCCAAUUUAUCAUCGUGAUAUUAAGGCUACCAACAUACUUUUGGAUUCCGAAAUGAAUGCAAAAUUGGCAGAUUUUGGGUUGGCCAAGCAAGGUAGUGAGGACCAAUCUCAUCUCACUACAAAGGUUGCUGGCACAUAUGGUUAUGUGGCACCAGAGUAUGCUCUAUAUGGGAAACUAACUGAGAAAAGUGAUGUGUAUAGUUUUGGUAUUGUGAUUCUUGAAAUCAUGAGUGGAAGAAAAGUGCUUGAUGCUUUGAAUUCAUCUGCGGAUUCAAUCACGGAUUGGGUAUGGACACUUGUGGAAUCUGGAAAGAAGGGGGAAAUUUUUUGUGAGUCAAUAAGGGAAGGGCCAGUAAAAGUUAUGGAAAGGUUUGUUCUUGUUGGAAUGCUAUGUGCUCAUGGGGUUGUGACUUUAAGGCCUACUAUUGUUGAGGCCCUUAAGAUGUUAGAGGGUGACAUUGAAAUUCCUGAAUUACCUGAGAGGCCAGUGCCACUAGGUCAUGUGUCCUUUCAAUCUUCUCUUUUGCAUGGUCUACACAAAAGCGGUUGAACAUGUUAGCCACUUGUUUUUAUCUUAUAUAAGUAUAAGCAAAAUAUGAAUACUGUUUCGUGUGUUUUAGAAUUAGGUAGCAUUGAUACACUUGUAAAAUUCAAAGAAAAAAAAAUUGAGAGGAAACAAAUAGAUUUUUAAGUUCAGGUCCAGGCUAGUUCAUGUAGAUAGUAUUUAAAUAGACUUUUUAUUGGGAGGAUCAUCGCAAGGAUUGGCCUUGGAGGUGUCUUCAUAAGGAUCAAUUUCGAGUUUUAA